AACCCGACCCGACCCAUGAGCUAAUCCAAAUUUAAACCCACAACCACAUCAGUGAAGUCGACCCGUCAAAUUUCUUAAGACCAGCCGCCGGCACGCUCGUCGGAAUCAUCUUUGGUGAGAGUUCAGAAUCACAGAAUUUCGCUCGCUAGCGAGUUCUAUGAAGCGAUCUAAGGAUCCUUUUGAGGCUACUUUUGAGGAGCAGGAUGACUCAUCCCCUGAAUCCCCUGCUGGCACCGAUGAGAAUGAAGGCCAAGAUCAAGGUGCAGUUGGUGUUAAUAUGAAUGAAGGUGACGAUGUUAAUACUGAUUCUCGUGAAAAACCUUCAACAUCUAAAGCUACAUCAGUCUCUGUUAGUACUGCUGGUCCAAUUAGCAAGCCCAAAGAGGAAGAUGAGGAGGAAGAGGAAGAAAGCAUGGAUGUGCAGUUAGGAAAACUCUCAUCAAGUAGUGAUCCUGACAAACUGGCGAAGAUGCAGUCCAUCUUAUCCCAAUUUACAGAGGAGCAAAUGAGUAGAUAUGAAUCUUUUAGGAGAUCUGGAUUUCAGAAAUCCAACAUGAAGAGGUUGCUGUCCAACAUCACAGGAAGUGCCAAGAUAUCUAUUCCUAUGACAAUUGUGGUGUCUGGGAUAGCAAAAAUGUUUGUCGGUGAGCUUAUUGAAACAGCUAAAAUGGUGAUGGCAGAGAGAAAAGAUACAGGGCCAAUCAGGCCAUGUCACAUAAGAGAAGCAUACAGAAGGCUAAAACUUGAAGGCAAGAUUCCAAAAAAGUCAGUGCCAAGGCUUUUCCGUUAGUGGACAUGGAAGCAACCUGUAGUUUUAUUUCAGAUUUGUAGCAGUCAGCCACUUUCCUCGCAGAAAGGCGUAGGAUGAGCUUGUAAAUCUUGAACGAAAAGAUUGGAUGAGGUGUACCUUUACAAGGUGAGGCUUUCGCUUUUCUUUGUGAUGCUGGGGUUUCUUCGAAGAAGUAAAUUUCGAGAGGCAUUCAGCCACCAUGGGAAGAGAGCUCUCACCUUGACGGAAGGAUUGGCAAGACGAAGAUCCGGAACAAUUGUAGCUUAACUGUGUAGUUUGUAGUGUUGGUACAUUGACUCAUUGAGUUUCAGCUGUUGCUUUCAUUUUUCCCUUUUUCAGAAGGGCAUACUUAGGAUACAUGAAAUCAUGAAAAA